GGAACUGUUGUUGUAUGUCCGUCUUCAGAGAGGACCGGACUCAUUUUGUAGAGCACCGCUGAGCUCCGCAGUGCUCUCAGCCGGUGAGAAACAAAAACUACGAGCCCAUUCAAAACUUGUCACAAUUGUAAAAUUAAGGAGAUGGCGCUGCGUGCUUGUGGCUUCAUAGUGUUUCGACGUCGAGCCAGUUGUGUCCCUCCACCAGACAACAUUGAGUACCUCCUCUUGCAGACCUCUUAUGGGAAGCACCACUGGACCCCACCCAAAGGUCAUGUGGAUCCAGGUGAGGACGACCUCACCACAGCUCUGAGGGAGACCAAAGAGGAGGCGGGGCUUGGGGCAGAGCAACUGCAGGUGAUUGACGGGUUUGUGCAGGAGCUGCACUAUGAGGUGCAAGGCAGACCCAAAGAGGUGCUGUACUGGAUGGCCGAGCUCAGAGACCCGGGGACAGCGGUGACUUUGUCUUCCGAGCACAAGGACUACCGCUGGGCCCGGCUGGAGGAAGCUUGCACUCUGGCUCAAUACAAAGACCUGCAGGACACACUGAGAGCAGCACACAGACACCUGGAGGCUCAGCAGGACAAACAGCGAUGAACCAGAAUGAAGAUUGUGCAGACGGGAUAGAAGCGAAAGCUGCAGCUUGCUUCCAGUGUGACCGUGUGUCUGCAAUUUAUGCGUUUGAUGAUUUGUCUCAGUUAGGUUCAUAUACUGUUGAAGUUAAACACUUGUCUCUGCUGUACUGUAUAAUGUCAGGCUGAGUUGAUUUCCUUUUUUUUAAACACAGUUGGGUAUGGAGGAAAGGAAUCAAUGCUUGGAAACCAGAUUACUGAUUUGAUCUUAGUGUCUUUAACCCUCUAAAGUCUAAGGGCAUUUUUAGAUAUAUUCAUGUAUUCUCCUUUUAAGGGUAUUUGCAUAUAACCUGAUCCCAAUGUGUUUAAUAUCAAAAUGUUCAGAACAAACUCAGCUUUCUGUAUAGUGAUGCCCAAAAUAGUUCCAGAGCAAGGUAUAAAGAGAUACUUUGGCCCUAAAGUGGAAAUAUUUCUCAAAUCUCUUGUGAAAACAUACCUACACUCAAUUGUUUUGGUCCUUGAAAUUAGUUUACAAAAGUUUUGUAAUAUGUGAAUAAAAUCAUAAAUAAAUCUAGUCUAAAAUGAAA